AUUUAUAUCAUUGUUAUACUUUGACACUAUAUAUAUAUAUAUAUGAGAGCAGUUUGAUGGUGUCUAAUGUGUCUUUUUGAUGGAAGACCAAGAAUUGUGAUUUGAGUGAAAAUGACGUGUAAGAAAAACCUUGUUAAAGGCGGCGUAGACAUUUUACCGAGUACGAAAGAGAUCAUAGAAUCCUCUACGUACCACUCCCUCUUGCAGUUGUGCCUCACUAACAGAUCCUUGGCAGGUGUCAAACUAGUCCAUGCCCACAUGAUUCAAACUGCUUUCCAAAGCAAUGACGUCUCAUUAGAGAACAAACUAAUGAGCAGCUAUGCCAAAUGCUGUUGCCUGUUGGAUGCAAGUAGAGUUUUUGACAAAAUGCCGGAAAGAAAUGUGGUCUCAUGGAGUGCCAUUAUUGCUGCUUACUCAAGCUCUGGCUAUGGCAAAGACACAUUGGUACUGUUUAAGAAAAUGAAAACAACGUCUAUCCAAUCCAGUCAGUUCAUCUUUUCCAGUGUUGUCACAGCAUGCGAUCGCUUGGCAUGUCUUAGAGAGGUUCACGGAGAUAUUAUUAGAAGUGGGUUUGAAUCUGAUUUGUUUGUAGGCAAUGCUCUUGUAUGCAUGUAUACGAAAUGUGGUAGUGUAGAGGAUGCACGACAUAUGUUUGACAAAAUGUCUGAACCGAAUGUGAUCACUUGGAAUGCGAUGGUAGCAGGAUAUGCGCGGAAUGGGUACGUUGCUAAAGCCCUCGAGGUGUUUCAGGGGAUGCCAGAACGAAAUGUUGUAUCGUGGACAAGUAUGAUUGCGGGAUAUGUGCAGAACGGUUUUUUAAAGGAAGCUUGUCAACUGUUUGACAAAAUGCCUGAGCGGAAUGUGGUCUCUUGGACUUGUAUGAUUUCGGGGUAUGCACGGAAUGGAUUUGUUGAUAAAGCUCGGGAACUCUUUGACAAAAUGCCUGAAAGAAAUUUAGUUUCUUGGGUUGCGAUGAUUGCAGGAUAUGCACAGAAUGGACAGAUUGAAGAAUCUCUAAGGUUGUUUCAGAAAAUGCCUGUGCGAAAUGUUGUUUCAUGGAAUGCUGUGAUUUCAGGAUGCGUACAAAGUGGACACAGCGUAGAAGCGCUGAAGCUUUAUAGACAAAUGCAACUGCAGGGGGUGAAGUUAAAUUCCACAACUUUUUCCAGCGUUCUCUCAGCUUGUGCCGAUUUGGUAGCUAUGGAACAGGGUAUUGAGAUUCAUGAAGAAGUAGUUAAAGAAGGACUUGAAUCUGACUUGUUUGUGGGAAAUGCCCUUGUUGACAUGUAUGCAAAAUGCGGCAGCGUAAGAGUUGCACGUAACAUGUUUGACAAAAUGAUUAAACGAGAUGUGAUCUCAUGGAACACAAUGAUUGCAGGAUAUGCAAUGCACGGUUUUGGCAAGGAAGCCUUAGAACUCUUUGAUAAGAUGCAAUGCUGUGGCCCAUGCCCGGAUCAUGUCACUUUCGUUGGCAUUCUUUCUGCAUGCUGUCAUGCGGGCCUUGUGGAUGAAGGCCGGAAGUACUUCAAUAAUAUGAGUCAAUAUUAUCAUGUCAUGCCUGCAAUGGAACACUAUGCUAGCAUGGUUGAUCUUCUUGGCCGUGCUGGGCACUUGGAUGAGGCAAAAAUCUUAAUCAGUAAAAUGCAAAUGAAACCUGAUUAUAUAGUGUGGAGUUCUCUGCUUGCCGCCUGUAGAAUUCAUAAUGACAUAAAGCUUGCAGAAUGUGUAGCAGAACGCCUAAUUGAAUUGAACCCCCUAAAAUCAACACCUUAUGUGCUUCUAUCAAACAUGUAUGCCACAGCUGGACGAAAGGAGGGAGUAGACAAAGUCCGGAAAAUGAUGAAAGGAAGAGGAGUUUCAAAGGAGCCUGGGUGCAGUUGGAUUGAGAUUAAUAAACGGGUGCAUGCUUUUUUUUCAGGAGAUAAAUCACGUACACAAAUGCACAAAAUUUAUGAAGAGUUGGAUUUAUCUUCUGGGUAGAUGAAAGUAGCAGCCAACCUUUGAUGAUUGAUGUUCAGUAGAAGCAGGACAGCUUGGCCAUCAAAAGCAUUUAAAGUGUUGCUGACUGAUGCUCUGCAAUCAAAUUAAUCUAAGACUUUUGCUGUAAGAAUUUGUUAUAAGGUAUGCUUAGCAUUCUACAAUUCUACCAACAGUAAAGGCAUUGUAUCUCAAAGACAGAAUUCAAAGGCAUAAAAUCGUGGAUAGUCUUGAGGCUGAAGCUAGUGUGUAACAAAGCUAAAGAGCAGCUUAAGCAAGCCACGCGGUUAUUGUAGUCUUUAAACAGGCUAUAAACAUGGGCUUGUAGUAAAAGAUUAUUCUUUCCAUUGGAUCUCAUUUUUUAGCCAACAUUGAGGCAUAUUAUUUAUUUUGUUGUUUAGACAACGCACAGAAUUUGGGAAUUCUGCUUUAUCCCAGAUGAGUGAUUCAGUAUACUGCAACGGAGGCAAUUUUGUGGAAUAUCUGCAUGCUAACAAAAAUUCAAAACAAAAAGCUUACAAAUAUUUGGAUAAGGGGUACCUGGUUGAAUACCUCUGCAUUUCUUUUAUUGCAUUUGAUUUCUCCAGUGGAGUUCAGGAUCUAGAACCAUGGUGGCCUGUUAUUUAUAAAGAUGAACUAACAAAUGGAAUGCGAAGGAGUUACUGAGAAGUUGAGAACACAACCAACCAGACAUUGCCAAAUGGAAUCCCCAUCACAGGUAUAGUUUAAGUGCACGGAAAAAUCAAAUCGAGGAUCAAAUUCACACAAGUACAGAAAAAAAGGUGGACAGAGGUGUACAGAGUUCGUAGGCUGGACUGAGAUCAAGCAAGGUUUUAAACACAGCAAAGAAUUAUUUGUAUUCUUCUUCAGGAGAAAUUCAGCAGUAAAAGGACAAAUGAUAUAUGUACAGGGAAGUCAAGAGAUCCCGGAAAACUCGUUUCAAAAAAAGAAAUGAAUUCUAGGGUUUACAAGUAGAGAGAACUGAAUCAUAGACGAAGAGCGGAUUAGCGAUGAUGCAUAGAUAAAGAGCGGAUUAGAGAUGAUGCAGUCAAGGAUGGGGCCAAAUGAAUGGCAACCUUGCCCUUGUAGCUGAUACCUAAACAUACCUAUAAGAGUUUCAACAAUCCAAUAUUAACACAUUAACUACUCAUAUUCCAAUCCAAUAUUAACACAUGUAACUAUAUUCACCCUAACACAGGUUGAACAAUUGAUCUGAUUUUAUUCAAUACACCAGAUAAAUAUAGAUGUAUUGAUUUUAAUUUUUAUAGGAAGACAGAUACCUAGUGAGCAUUUUGCAUACAUUAUUAGAAAGAUAUGAUGAUGGUGGAUGUCUUAUGUCUGAUUUGAAACAUUGAUACAGAAAAAUCACAUAGUUUAAUCCAGAAAUAAUAGCAAUAAAAUUAUGACCUGUGAAAAUCUGAUAUUGUUUACUACUAGAAACAUUUAAGAUAAUGAAAAAUAUAAUUAUGAAAUAACUAUCUACAUAUAAUUCCUGAUAUUUCCGCAUGAUAAAACUGUUAAAACCUAGAUUUCUGCACAUUCUUUUGCCUCAUAAAACUCUUAGUUUCUGUUGUCAAUCUACAUACCGAAAAAAGAUCAAAGCACAAAACAAAGGAAACAAUUUUUUUUAUAACAAAAAAUAAAAUAUAAUUAAGUUAAAAAUACAGAAAAACACCUCAUGCUAAUACUAGGUUGCCACAAUAGUUCCAUUGACAGGACAAAAAAACCACAUACAUAGUUAUCACUAUUGCUAAAAUUGUUCUCUCUUGUUUUCGAGAUCGCCAUGUGUACAAUUAUCCCUGUACAAUAGUUAUUCAUAUACUUUUUUUCUUUCAUCACGUUUUCUUUUCAAAGCUGUCAAGAUUAUUUAUCAAGAAAUGCACCUUAAGAUUCUACCACUCCCCAAGGAAAAAAAAUUAAUGAUUUGCGUGAGAGCGACUGCCAGUAUAAACUAUUGAAGGGAUUUUGGCGUUUCAAUCAAUUCAUAAUCAGAACGUGAAUCUAGUCUUGCAUGUGAGCUGGUCAACACCUAAACCUCUGAUAAUGUAGAUUUUUUACAAUGACAUUUGUUAGUGUCGGCCAUGUCGAUGAAAUCCAACAAAGAAAUAUUACUUUAUGGAAAAAAGAACCUCAUUUUAAGUGGGGACUAUUGACUAGGGUGUUCAGUAAACACAUUGAAAUUUUCCAAAAAUCCGAGGCAUACUUCUUGUAGCUAUGGAGGAUACUAAUGUUCAGAGCUUAGCAGAGAGUGGAAUCAAAACCGUUCCAGAGCAAAAUAUGUUAGGCCUAGCCUGGAGCUCUUCAACAAUUCUUCUGAUACACAUCACGCCCAGGUUCCAGUCAUUGACUUGCACGGCUUGACUGUCCCACAUCUCAAGAAAAAGACAGUGGCAGAAAUUUCAAGCGCUGCAGAGAAGUGGGGUUUUUUCCAGAUCGUCAAUCAUGGAAUUCCAGAGUCUCUAUUGCUCGUGUACAAGCCGUGAGCAAGGCCUUCUUUGAUCUUCCUAUGGAAGAAAAGGAUGUGUAUAAAAAUGGAGGGGGAAGUCCUAUUGGCCAUGGCAGCAAAUUCGGGGGAAAUUUGACUGGAAAGAUUUCUAUGUUAAUAUCGUGUGCCCUGUUUCUCGCAGAGACAUGAGCAAGUGGCCAAAACAACCUUCUGAUUUCACGGAAGUGAUGGAUGAAUACGGCAGUGAGAUUUGCACGCAAAUUGUGAGAAGUGUUGAUGCAGGCGCUCUGUGGCGGCCUCGGAUUGGUUAAUGAAAAUGCAAUUGUGGAAGCGUUGGGCGGAGAGCAGAAGGAGAUUUAUCUGGGCAUAAACUACUAUCCACCCUGCCCUCACCCAGAACGGGUGUUGGGCGUCUCACCUCACUCUGACGUAGACGCCGUCACAAUUCUCCUUCACAACCAAACUUCAGGCCUGCAAAUUCGCAAGGACGAUGCAUGGCUUGAUGUUCCCUGCAUCCCGGGCGCUCUUGUUGUCAAUAUUGGUGAUCAAAUUGAGGUCAAUCCUUUCAUCUCAUUCUUUUUUACAAUAUAUUUUAGUGUUUUUGGUUGGGCUUAAGGGAUACAUUCUAAAUUUUGAUUCGUUUCAAGGUGAUUCAUCUUGAAUCACACUAAUAGAUGGAUUCUAUUGGUUAAGAUAAUAUGAUUUUAGAUGAGCCACCUUCACAAAUCAAAGCUUAGACGUGGUGUUUAAGCUCAACCACACCUCCUUAAUGCGAUUUUUGACAUAGAUCUGAAUAAUGAUAUAGAUAUUGAGCAAUGGAAAAUACAAGAUUAUUGAGCAUAGGGGUUUUGUUCAUAAAAACCGCACAAGGAUGUCAUGGGCUAUGCACUGUACUCCACCACCUUGUGAUGUACUCAUCUCACCUCUGAAAGAAUUGAUAAAUGAAGAGAAUCCUCCAUUGUAUGCGGCAUCGUCUUUCUGAGAGUACCUGGAAAACUUCUUCAAGAAAGGAUUGGUUGGCAAGGAUUAUAUCAAUGAGCUUAAAAUCACUUGAAGGUCCAUCAUAAUAGAAGGGAUGUGUGUGCUUUAUUUCCACGCUUUCUCUAAGAUUCGAAGAUUAAAUAAAUAAUUUUCUAGGAUGGGCAAGUUUUCUUAAAGGCCAAGCCCUUGAAUGGCUUUUUGCUAU